AGAUCAAUUAUUCGCGGCGAGAGGCCUGCACUCCGCGGAGUCGUGCGUUACGUUCUGUACGUGUCAACAUCAGCUGUUGUUUCGCUCUCGCGUGAAAUGACAGUUUCGUGGUGGUUCAUAAUGUGGAAAUCGUUUUCGUGAGGGUGCUUCGUCUGCCACGGAGGUGAGCCGUAUUCGAUCUAUUUCCUCGGGGUAAGAUGAACGGGAGUCUGGGAAUAAUGCGCGGACCAGAGCAACAUCCACAGAGGUUCGCGGAUUAUUUUGUCAUAUGUGGACUGGAUAAAGAUUCGGGUCUAGAGCCGGACAAAUAUUUCGGCGACUCGUUGCAAUGUACACCUCUGGACCGAGCGUAUAAGAGCAAAGUUUUGGGACAUUAUCCUGACUCUGUACCAUGGAACCCCUUCGACGAGCACGCUGUCUGCAUGCUCUGCCUGCCGAGCGGCCUGAAAUUCCGUACCCAGAAACACUCGGUGGAGCCGACGUUCCACUCGUUCGUGCUCACCAAGGAGGACGGGCACAGAACAUACGGGUUCAGUCUUGUUUUCUACGAGGAGUGUCGGAAUCGCAAGAUAUGCGCGGCUAUGCAAACACUGCAGGCGAUGCACAUCACGGAACUGAGCAGCGGCCAAAACGGUACACCACCAACAGCGAGAAAAGGCCAGGAUGGACAUAACACGCGAUCGUUGCCACGGCAUUUCAAGCUAUCAGCACACUCGCCAGGUGCUGCGUUAGGCUACUACGACUCUACCAAAGACAAGUUGCUAGUGACUAAAUCAAUAUCCUUGCUAUGCCAGCAGCCUUACCUCUAUGCCGCGAAAACGUUCCUCACUAAUCUCUACAAAUGUGUUCCUAGACAUCCAGGACCCGGUCUUAGCCUAGAGUCGUACGUGUACAAUUUGCUGUACAACGUGCCGGUACCAUUGCCUGGAAAGUCGUUGAAGUUCUUCAUACCAAACGACGAGCCAGCGAAACCGCCGCUGGAGCUGGUUAUCCAUCAGCCAAUGCCGUCGCAGGAGUUGCCGAUGCUUGAUUAUCCACUGAAGGACAUGUUCACGUGGCUCGGCGCGGACUGUGUGAUCCAAUUGUUCACGUGCGUCCUAUUGGAGAAUCAAGUGUUGCUCAGAAGUUCGGAUUUCCACAAGUUGAUGGUGGUGUCCGAGUGCAUCACGGCGCUCUUAUACCCAUUUUCCUGGCAACAUGUGUACGUGCCGAUAUUGCCUGCCAGUCUGCAUCACUUCUUGGACGCGCCGGUGCCGUUUAUAAUGGGCCUGCACGCGCACAGCGAGGGCGGUGUACUGAAAAUUGCUAGCGAAGCAAAUCUUUGUUAUGUAGAUAUAGAUAAGCAAAGUAGCCAAUUUCCGGAAGAGUUACCUGUGUUUCCCCAUAAAAUGCAAUUCAUUGCCGAGAUUAGAGCUCUCUUGAACAAGUACAAAGUACCACAUACGGGCAAGACUGAUAACAUGGUCAUAAAUCAUUAUAACGGCGACAUCAUGACUAGCAGCCUGACGCUUCCUGGUUCUGGGUUUCAUCUGCCUCGCAGAAAACAUUCGUUGCACGAUGUGCUGGAUUGGGAUCGACCAGAACCGUCACCGCCAUCCGACACGUUGCAAAGGAUAGUAGAUAUCGCCAAAAGAACGGGAGUAAAUGUGGAAGAUAUUGAUUCAAUAGAGGAUAAUAAUGUGAAGGAACGAGUACUCUCACCUCAAGAGGAAUAUCAAGAGACGCUUAUGUUUAAUAAUGCCAUUAGGGAGAUUUUUUUGAACCGUUUUGUACAGAUCUUUUCUAGUUACGAACACUUUGUUAUUCAACCAAGUCAGGACAAAGACGAAUGGUUGAAUAAUAGAGAUAGUAUGCAUGUUUUUGAUAAGGCUACGUUUUUAUCCGAUCAACCUACGCAGCAUUUGCCAUUUUUAUCGAGGUUUCUGGAGACACAAAUGUUCGCGUCUUUGGUCGACAGCAAAGUUAUGUCAACGUGGAGCGAGCUUGAUUUCAACAUACGUGUAUUUGAUCAAAGAAUCUCUCUUCUAAGGAAAAAGGUUGGGGAAGGUAUUAUAAGAUCGACCCGUUAUGAACCUUGUACAAGUAUUGACGAAUCGCAGAAAAUAUUGGAACAGAGAUUGACAAAUGUAGAUUUCGAAACGAAUCCACCUACGGAAAUUGUUCCUCAUAGAGCAGCAUAUUUUCGAAGUUUCCCUUUGUUAGACAGCGUUGCAUUAAACAAAGAGCCAGCUCAAAGUAUACUUCGUAGUCGAAGAGGUCAGACUCAAUGGAAAUACAAAAUGAAAUCCAUGGAAUCAAACGGGAAGACUCCGGCACCUCAAGAGACCCAAUCGCCUCGGCCCCAAACUAAGCUCUCCGCAGACAUGAGUCCAGCACUAAUAGCACAAGCAAACUGGACAUUCGUUGAAAAAUUGCUCAAGGAUUGUAAAUCAAAAACAAAAAGAAUGUUGGUUGAGAAAAUGGGUUCUGAAGCAGUUGCAUUAGGUCAUGGAGGUGAAUCGUUGUCCGACGUCGAAGAGAAUACGCUAGUCGCGAGUCUCUGCGACCUCUUGGAACGAGUUUGGAGUCACGGAUUGCAAAAUAAGCAAGGGAAAAGCGCUCUUUGGUCACAUCUCACCAUGUAUCAAGCAGUAGAGGAGUGCAAUGAUCCAGAUAAAUCACUACAUUCUAAUUUUCUUUCUCCUGAUAAAGUGUUAAAAGUAGAGAUUAGUUUCUCGUACGUAGAUACUCUGCACUGUAUUAGUUCCAAGAAAUCGCCAAGUAAGUUUCUUGGAUUACCGGAGCGUUUAAUUUCAUCUUUAAAGGGCAAAAAUAUUUUUGAAAUUGCUUCUUAUAUCAAGGAGAAUUUUAAUGAUAUACCAAAUUUGGCAUUGGAGAUCGAUUCACCUACACGAGGAACCGACAAGCACAAGUCUCCUGGCGACAGAAAAAUCGGUCCGGAACACUUGAGGCCUUUACCUGAUUCUUUGCUUUUCGACAUCCGGAACGUGCAGGCGAUGACUGAUAUUAAAACGCACAUUGGAUACGCCAGAGCCUGGGUUCGACUAGCACUCGAAAAGAAACUUCUUUCUCGUCAUCUGAAAACUUUAUUGUCGGACACUGGAUUGUUAAAAAGCCAGUAUAAGCGUUCGGCAUUUUUGCGUUGCGAGGAAGAGAAGGAGCAAUUCUUGUACCAUCUUUUGACGUUGAAUGCCGUCGAUUAUUUCUGCUUCACAAACAAUUACCCGACUACAAAGUUGCCGUACAGGGUUGUUAUAUUUCCUAGUCGAAAAGCUAGCGCAGCUACUACUUCAGCAAAUAGCUGGAUAGCUAUCUCUGGUACACUGUGUGAAACAAAUCCAGUCCCAAUUCCCAAGGGAGCGUUGGAAUUUGUGUUCCAUCAUAAGAAUUUGGGGGUGCUUUCAACGUUACGCAUAGGACAUGACAAUACAGGCCUUUCGCCUAAAUGGAUGGUAGAACACGUUGUUGUGAGAAACGAGGUUACAGGGCACACAUUUAAAUUCCCUUGUGGCAGAUGGCUUGGCAGAGGUAUCGAUGACGGAUCUACGGAGAGAUUGUUGGUAGGUGCCUUGGUACCACAUAGUAUCGACAGCGAAGAACUGGUUGAGUCAUGCUCGACACCACCAAGAUGCAGGUCUCCUAGUAUACCUAGGCGUCCUAUAUUGUCUCAAGUCGAAUUGCAACAUAUGUUGGGUGAAUCUGUAAAUGCAAUUGUCAAAUUCCACUAUAGAAGAGAGUGUCAAGACGGUUCCUUGACUGCUCUACUUUGUGGGGAAGGUGGUCUUGUGCCGUCAUUAGAGCAAAUAUUUUUAUUCGGUUUUAAAAAUCAGAGGAUAUUCGGGAGAAAUUUUUAUGUUUGGGAUUACCUCUUACGAGUGAAAGAAAACUUUGAAAUUUCUUUGUUGGAAGAAAUGGACGAAUAUUCACAGAGAUUGAAUAGAGAUAGACGAAUUCACGCAGAGAACAAUCGAAGAUUUGCAACUUUACGAUGUUAUUGCCAUCUUAUUGAUCAGAUUAACAUGUUCAGUCAGACUCUUGGUAAAGAUGGCAAAUUUCAGUUAUUCAUUUGCUUAGCAACAAGAGAACAACUUCUUCAUUCAAUGCUUCGGCCAAUGAGCGAGGCACGCUCUACUGCGGACAUGUACGAAGAAACGUCUUUCUUAAGAAAUUGUACAUUAUUAAAUUUCCUCGUUCAUAUUCUGGAGCCAUUAAGCGAAUUUCACAUUGUUCUUGAAAAGAGCUUGACUCAUGGAAUUUCCAGUAUAUGUUAAUUCAUUAUGAACAUUCCAAUAAUUAGGAUACAUUUCUUUAAAGCGGCACAAUUUACCAAAUUCUAAAUAAUACAAGACGAAAAGAGAUGAAUGUUAUUGAUAUUGAAGAAAUGUGAAACUUUUUAAGACCCUAUUAUUAAGGAUUUAAGAGAAAUUUAAUAAUGCAAAUGAAAGACUGUUAUGCUGAUGUGAAAUAGUCAUUUUUAGAUGACAAAUUGUUUGACAGAUAGUUGAUACAUGAGUGAUAAUGAAAACAAAGGUCUUGCCCUGUUCCGAAAAUUAAUAACAAUAAGAGUUCAGUGCAAAGAUAAAUGAUCUAAUUUCGCCCAUCUUGCCGUAGGACACUGAAAUAGAGAAGCUAGCUAAGUUUGUUGAAACUAACGUAUCGUGUACCAAAGAUGUGAUCCUAUUAGUUAUUACUAUUAGUAUUAUUGAUAUUAUUAUUAUUAAGAAUUUACUUUUUUUACAAUAUUUGCUGUAAGCAGAAUAUCUAAAGAGCGUGCAAACAACGUAUAUUGCAAUAACUAAUAAGUUAGACGAGGUAAAUAUCAAUUUUAUACGUUUAUUUAUUAUUUUAAUCGAAAUAAUUAGUAAUAGGAAACGUAAUUUUGUCGACAAAAAAUUAGACUAGAAAAGGAUUCACGAUUUGUUAAUUUUAAAUUCAUUACUGUGUCAUGAAUCGCAUUAUGUUUAAAUCACUAUACGAAUCAUAAAAAUAGACAAUUUAUAAUUUUUCAAUACGUUGUUUAUACACACUUGUGAACAGACGCUUGCAUUAUUAUUUAAUACUCUAUUCUCGAGUGAGAACGAAGAUUUUAUUUUUAAUAAUGACUUAUAUACAAAUCUUAAACUAUAGAAAGCAAAAAUUACAACGUUUCUUUCAGAGUAAAAUAACCCACUAUGUAUGUAAUUUUUAGUGUUAGCAACUUAUGUCUUUUUUUUUCUUGUGGAAUUUCAAGUUCAGCUAGUAUAUUAUAAUUUGACUCAAAAUCAGAAAAACGUGAUAUACCAUGAGAAACAUUUACGCGCAUAUUUGAGAAAAAAAUGGACCAAGCGAUUUAAUUAUUUAUUACAAGUUUCGAAGCGUGGCAAUUGAUUUUUAACGUGUAAGGUACAUUGCUGCUGAUUGUUCUUCGAAGUUUUACAUAAUGUAAUUGAUAAUCGAGAUAGACAGAUUACUCUACCACUUUGAAGAGAUAGUUUUCAGAGUACAAUUUUAUCGCUAGCAUUUCAUAAAUAUUGAAUGACACAUCCCAUAGAUAAGAAUCGUUCUUUCAUAUUAUUAAUUAGUGUACUAUUGCUCAUCUUUCACAAGACACGUGUGAAUAAUUCUUUUACUAAAAAUGGUUUUUUUUUUAUUUCAAUUAUAUUAACUUUUUGUGAGUUGCAUUUUAUUCCUCUUCUCUAUUUUAUUAUAAUGUUACUAAGUAUUAAAUUUAAUUUCAAAUACGAAACUACUAAUUUUAAUUUAAAUAAUUUUAAGCAUUGAGAAAAUAUUUUUUUCACUGUCAUUCGCUUGAAAUUUAAUUAUUUUUAUGCUUCACGUUCAAAAAACUGUUAAUUUUAAGAAGAAAUAAUUUUUAUUCAUAAUUGUGAUCAUAAAGUGUAGAAGCUCCAAAGACAAAGCAUAAAGAAUUCACACGUGUUCAUUAUGUACAUUCAUGGCAUUGAUAUUAAGAAAUAAUUCAUCGCGAGUUUCUCGCAUCUGUGGCCAAAUUAAAAAAUUUAGUCAUCUUUUACAUAGAUCCACGGAGAUGAAACUUUAAUUCUUAUUAAUGCAUUGCUAGUCAACUAAGAUAAUAAAAUUUACUUUCCAAUUUCAAACUUUUUAUAUGAUGUUGCAUUUGAUUCUCUCAUCUUUCCAGUUAUAAAAAUAUAAAUUUACCAACGUAGAAUUCUAUUGCCAAGUAUUUUCUCAAAUAAUGUUAAAAACGGAAAGCAAUGUGUUAAUACAUGAAUGAAAGAGAAAGAAAGAGGAGCAUAGAAUUUGUUAAUUAUAUAUCAUUAAUUGUGGAACAUGCAUACAUUAAGAUUCAUUUGUUAAUUAGUUGUGUUGCUGUGUAUUGUUGAUGAAAAUAAUGAAAUACUCGCAUAAUGAUCUGGUCGAGUUGCUUUUUCUAGAUCCUCUAGGGAAAACUGAAACGGUUGUGUAUGAAAUUAUGUUUAUAUCAUAUGUAUGAAAUUAUAUCAUUUUUAAACGGAUUAUUGUAUAUUUUGUCGUUUUAGCAAUAAUCACGUUUUGAUGGAAAAGAGAACAAAAGUAUCAUACUUUAUGUAGUUCUAAAAUGUGUAUUGUGAUUGUUUCGUUGUUAGACCGAAGGAUAGUGUGUUGCGUGUUUUAUGUUUCUUUAUUUUCUAUAAUAUUAUGCUUUUGAGCGUGCCUUGUAUCGUCAUGUUGAAGUUACGUAUAAUUUUAAUCUUGCUCUAAUCUUCAAUGUAACACGAACAACAACAACUUGUUAAUUAAUCUUCAAUUCUAAAUGGAAUCUAUGUAGAAUAUGUACAAUAGAUAUUUUUAAAAUAAUAAUCACUAUAAUGAAUUAUAAA